GCCUCACAGCCAAUCAGCGGCCCGCAUUUACACUGGGCCGGGUUCCUUUCCUCAAGUCGAAAAGGCCCCCACCGCGCUCAGUGCCUGGCCGGACUCCAGCUGGACAGCAAGCAUGCUUUUCGCCCAAAGGAGACUCUGUUCCCUUGGCAAUAAAGUAAAAUUUCUGAAGACAAUUUCAUCUUCAAAAUCCCUUGGAUUCUCUACUUCUGCUAAAAUGGCCUUGAAAUUCAAAAAUACAAAACGAAUCGAAGGAAUUGAUAGCAAUGUGUGGACUGAAUUUACCAAGUUGGCGGCAGAUCCCUCUGUGGUGAAUCUUGGCCAAGGGCUUCCAGAUAUAUCGCCUCCUUCAUAUGUGAAAGAAGAAUUAUCAAAAGUUGCAUUAGUCGAUAGCCUGAAUCAAUACACAAGAGGCUUUGGUCAUCCCUCACUUGUAAAAGCUCUGUCCUGCCUCUACGAAAAGUGUUAUCAGAAGCAAAUUGAUCCAAAUAAAGAAAUCCUUGUGACAGUAGGAGCAUAUGGAUCUCUCUUUAAUGCCAUCCAAGGGCUGGUUGAUGAGGGAGAUGAAGUCAUAAUAAUGGUGCCUUACUAUGACUGCUAUGAGCCCAUGAUAAAGAUGGCAGGAGCCACUCCUGUGUUUAUUCCCCUGAGAUCUAAACCUGUUGCUGGAAAGAAAUGGUCUAGUUCUGAUUGGACCUUAGAUCCUCAAGAACUGGAAAGUAAAUUUAAUUCGAAAACCAAAGCCAUUAUACUCAAUACUCCACAUAAUCCCCUUGGCAAGGUGUAUACCAGAGAGGAGCUCCAACUAAUUGCGGACCUUUGUAUCAAAUAUGACACACUGUGCAUCAGUGACGAGGUUUAUGAGUGGCUGGUAUAUACAGGAAACAAGCACAUAAAAAUAGCCACUUUUCCAGGUAUGUGGGAGAGAACAGUAAUGAUUGGCAGUGCUGGGAAGACUUUCAGUGUGACUGGCUGGAAGCUUGGCUGGUCCAUUGGACCUAAUCAUUUGAUAAAGCAUUUACAGACAGUACAACAAAACACCGUUUAUACUUGUCCAACUCCUUUACAGGAAGCCUUGGCUCAAGCUUUUUGGAUUGACAUCAAGCGAAUGGAUGACCCGGAGUGUUACUUUAAUUCUUUGCCCAAAGAAUUGGAAGUCAAAAGAGAUCGGAUGGUGCAUUUGCUUGAAAGUGUUGGCCUCAAGCCCAUAGUUCCCGAUGGGGGCUACUUUAUCAUUGCUGAUGUAUCUUCACUAGAUGCUGAUCUCUCUGAUAUGAAGAGCAAUGAACCUUAUGACUAUAAAUUUGUGAAAUGGAUGACUAAACACAAGAAACUAUCUGCCAUUCCUGUUUCAGCUUUCUGUAAUUCAGAGACAAAAUCGCAGUUUGAGAAGUUUGUGCGAUUUUGCUUCAUUAAAAAAGACAGCACGUUGGAUGCUGCUGAAGAAAUCAUCAAAGCAUGGAACAUACAGAAGUCAUGAUGUGAGAGGUAGAGGUUAAUAUAGUUCCACUGAUGACUAGUUUGAGAUUGUUAUUUAGUGCUACCACCUGCUGGAGAAAACAUAUUUUUGGUAGAGAUGAAUUUAAAUAGCAAUUUAAAAUUUUCCAAAUUUAAUCCCAUUCCUAAACAUAGUCAGGAGACCAAAUUUUUAAGCUAGAAAGGUAUUAAAAGACCUUCCAUAAGCCGUGUGCCAGUGUCUCAUGAUUGUAAUUUUAGCUUUUCAGGAGGCUGAGAUGUGAGGAUUACUUGAUCUCCAAUCAAAACCAGCGUGGCAGAAAAAUGAGACUCUUACCUCAAAGUAACCAACAAAAUCCUGAACAAGGAAGUGAAGCUCAAGUGAUAGAGCACCAGCCUCUGCAAUAGCAGAAGACCCUUAGUUCAAGCCUAGUAGUGGAACAAAAUGAUAAUAACACAAAUACAGUGGUGGUACUCA